GAUCUGUAGUCAUUGCUUUAUGAGUGAGAUGGGCGUUGGAAAUGUUUUUUCACGCGCUGUGAAUUCGUUAUAGUCAAAAUACACUUUCUGUUCCAUUACACUAUAACUUCAUUUAAUGACACGAUGACAGAAAAGUUAUAUUUAUUUUUAUUUGCCGCAUGUUUUAUGUGGCAAGUUAUGCCUUCCCUUCAAGAUUCAAGCUCAUGUCAAAUUCCAUUAAUUAUAAGAGGAUCAUGGUUUUCAUGGGAAAAUGGCAGGAAUACUUUAACAGAAAUAAAUGCUGAAUCAAUGACAAACCGUGGCUAUUGUGUAAAUAUGUUAGAAGAAUAUCAUGUUAAUUAUACAUUUGUAUUCCAACAUGAUAAAUGUUAUCAUUGUGUUAAGUUAAUUGUUAGAACAGUUAAUGUAUUGGAAAAACUUGAAGUGAGUUGUGUGAAUUUGCCUGAUAAUGUUGAACCAACAGUGAAAAAUGUAUGUAAAGGAUUAAGACCUGAUCAACAGUUAAUAACAUUAUUUUCAGAGAAUUAUGUCCCUGUAAACUGUAGAUCAUCUCUUGAAGGUGUUUGGCAAUUUGCAUAUCAGAAUAGAUUUAGGUUCACAGGAGAAUGUAAUCAUCCUGAUGCACAAAUUCGAUCGUGUCAAACUGCAGGAACACAAUUUUUAAUAACCAAUCAAAAAUUCAAUAUAACAUAUAAACAGUGUCCUGGUAUGAAAGACACUUUUGAUGGAGUGGUAGAAUAUAAUUGUUUGGGUGACUGGUUUGUUGACAAAAAUCACUUUUUCGCGGUUGCAAAUACAAAAGAAUCUAGGAAAGAUGAAAAAUAUCGAUGUUUCCUAAAAAAUCGUGAUGAUGAUCUAUAUAUUGGAGUAUCUAUCACUGCCGAAUGUAAUACAUUAAAAACUGUUGAAAAAAGUCCAGAACGAUUAAGAGUAACACCUGUUAAAGCAGAAGUUGUGGAGCCAGGAUGUAGAUUACCAGAGGACAUGAGUGGACAAUGGAUAAACACUGCCAACAUUGAUGCGGAUAUUUUUAUUAACGAAACACAUAUCAUUGAAACUUGGUACCCGGAUGAAGGUCGUUACAGACGUACAAUUUAUGUUUGCCGCGAAGCAAAAGAUACAAGGGUAAUGAUGGCAAGAUUGACUGUUGAUGGAUGUCAGAAAGAUUAUGUUUGUUUCGAUUUCGUACGUCGACAUCACAACAUUAUAAGAUAUCGGCGGGGUAUUGCAGUUAUUAAAGACAAUUUUCCUACAGUUUGCUCUUGGGUUCAAUUCCCCAACAAAGAAGCUUGGAAGUACGAUUUAUUUUUAGCCAAGAAUCCUGUACCGGUACGUUGUCCUGUCGCUGGAAAAUAUAUGUUUCACCAGAAAGGAGAUGUGUUAUUCGAAACUAGAAUCUUAGGAGGUGUUACAUUAUCACCUCGUCCAAAUAUCUAUUGUAAACAAAAUAUUUCAGAUUUCUCUGUAUGCGAUACUGAUCAAAAGGAAAUUGCUAUUGAUGAAACCUACUGUUUGUCAGUAGAUCAUUUAGGAAGACCUGUAGACAUUUACAGUUUGCCGGAUUAUAAAAUGAAAUGCAUCGGAUUUUGGAAAGAAAAUCUAAAAUCGUACUUAAUAACGCAUGAUGAGCUAGAUCCUUUCAGCAAAUAUCGUUGUUGGGUAUAUCAAAGAGCAGAUUUAAACAAAGUCCUUAUGUCUGAAGCUAUUGGACCGUUCUGUGAUCUCAAACAAGAUGUUACAAGUAGUAAUUAUACCGAGGGUGCUGCAGUUGCAUUAGAAUUACAGGAAUACGAAAGAGAACGCGAUCGAUGUCCAAUGUACUUUGAUGAUGGAUCUAAUCCUUGGGUAGAAACUGAAAAUUAUAUCCAAGUAUUCCAUUACGGAAGUGGAGGUAUAAAAAUAUCAUUUUCAUAUCCGUCCUUAUUGUUAAUAAUUAACGUAAUUUGUAUACGUUUUAUAAUCACAUAGUAUAUUGAUACUUUUUUAUUACAUCAUUUUGUUACAUUUACGAGAUUAGAAUUUCGAUUUUAGCUAAUAACUUUUUGUACCUCUAAUAUGUGCUAAUAUUAAAUCCGUCCAUUUUAUGUAUAUAAAAUUUAUUAGAAUAAUCAUGUACUGAAUUUAUAUUUACAAUUAUAUAAUGUAUAUUGCCAAGUACAUAGAAAUUUUUAGUGCUUAUAUGUUGUAACAAAAUGAUAUAUUAUAUUUAUAUAUGUUACAAUGUAGAAUACAUUUACAAAAAAGUG